UGUGUCUGUUUAGAUCAGCAUUCACUGCAAAUUAUUUGUCACAUCAGAGAAGCCAGGUCCGGCACGUAAAUCAUGCACCUAUAGGCAGGGCAGGUGGGUGUUAAAUCUAAAUAAGUAUUCCAUGUACUUUCAAGUGGAUUGAGAAUAUUUGUGCACGUUAGGUGGAGGGCCCUUUCAGGAGAUGACUCCAUUUGUGAGUGCUGUAAUUCACGGUGUGCGAACUUCAAGUCACAGAAAAACAUAAUGAAAGGUUCCGUAAGGAGUGCGUUGUUGGUUGCCGAUCAGCCGCUUGCAGAGGAAGGCUUACUUGCCAUCAGGAGACGGAAUCAUCCUCAACAUCAGAAUCAUGGCGUCUUGCAGCAAAAUGCAGACUUACUUAAAUAUGAUAAAGAAGAGUAUGAUGGGGGAGAGAGGCUGAUUCGUGAAUCUGCACUCGAAAAAUUUCCCCAGGUGAGGGAGACAUCAGAAGAGAGCAUUUCAAAUGAGUUUGAAGAGAAAGGAUCAGGAUAUGAAGUGGACAACUUGAAGGAAGAACAAGAAGGACAGAAUGCAGGGCAGCUGGGCCAAGUCAAUCCAACAAAAGGGGAAGCACUGCAUGAAUGUCUGCAGCCGGAGCAAAUGUUAGCAUCACAAGUCACAGAGCAGGGAGAUGUGCAGCAUUAUGAUGCUAAAGGUGAUGAAGAAAAGCGGAAUCGCACAAAUGGGACGGAGGAGGCUGCAAGAACAAAGUUCUCUGAGGUCCACAACAAUGAUGAGCAAGGAGAUGACAAAGACCUGAUCUGGUAUUUCUCAUGGAGGUGUCCGGAUGAACUGGGGAUGCACGGCGGACAAGUGAUUAGCAUAUAGGCCUCACAGCUUGGAGACAGGAGUUCAAUUCCACCCUCAGCCGUCUCUGUGUGGAGUUUGCAUGUUCU